AUGCCACAACUCCCCCACAAACCUCUACCACUAGUCCACCAUCCAGGUCUUAACACUGACAGCUCGCGAAAAUUUUCAACCAUGGAAGAAACCAUUGAAAAGUUCAAAUCCUUUGGAUUAACCGACAAGAGAGUUGGAGAAAUCAAGAACAACAAGAAAGUGUUGGGAAACUUCACUUCUAUUGUUGAUUAUUGUACCUCUAAAGGAGUCGACAGUUUAGAUGAUAAAAAGAUUGCUAUGUUACAUAGCUUAUCCCUUAAAAGUACCAACCCCAUGAUUAUUGAUGGAGUUUUAGACGGAAGAUUGAAGACCACCUUACAAUUGGAUGAAGCUGUGAAAUACGUCAACUCUACUGAUAGUCCUGACGUGAAAGAGAUGGAAAAAGUCAGUGGUGUAGGUAUUGAAGUUAGCGAUGAGGAAGUGAAGACCAUUAUAUCUGAUUAUUUAACCACUAGAAAGGAAGAAAUCGAAUCCAAGAGAUACGCCUUAUUACCUAAGGUCAUGGGAGAUGUAAGAAAGUUAGAAGCAUUGAAAUGGGCCAAUGCUGGUUUAUUCAAGCCGGUUAUUGAUCAAUGGUUCUUAGACACUAUUGGACCUAAAGAUGAAAGAGAUGUGGUGAAGAAGGAAAAGAAACCUAAAGCCAAGGCUGCUACCAAAGAUACCACCAAACCUACAGAAGAAAGAACUAUGUUUACUGAAGGGUUCCUUAAAGAAUUACAUAAACCUGGAGAAAACCCUCAAAAGUAUCCUGAAUUAAUGGCUCACCAUUUAGAUGUCACCAAAGGUCAAGUAUGGACCAGAUUCCCACCCGAACCUAAUGGGUAUUUACAUAUUGGACAUUCCAAAGCCAUUAUGGUUAAUUUCGGUUAUGCUAGUUACCAUAACGGGAAAUGUUACUUAAGAUUCGAUGAUACUAAUCCUGAAGCUGAAGAAGAAAUCUAUUUCACCAAGAUCAAAGAAACUAUCGAAUGGUUAGGGUUCAAACCCUGGAAAAUCACUUAUUCUUCUGAUUAUUUUGAUGAAUUAUACGAAUUAGCUGAACAAUUGAUCAAAUGUGGUAGAGCCUAUGUUGAUCAUUCAACCCCUGAAGAGGUUAAAGCUCAAAGGGGUAUGAAAGAAGAUGGUACGUUAGGAGGUGAAAGAUUUGCUUCCAAAUGGAGAUCUAGAUCAGUUGAAGAAAAUUUAACUGAAUUUAGAAAGAUGAAAAAUGGUGAAUAUGAAGUGGGUAAAGCUUUCUUAAGAAUGAAACAAGAUUUAGAAUCACCUAAUCCACAAAUGUGGGAUUUGGUUGCUUAUAGAGUUUUAAAUACUCCUCAUCAUCGUACUGGUGAUAAAUGGAAGAUUUAUCCAACUUAUGAUUUCACUCAUUGUUUGGUAGAUUCAUUCGAGAACAUCUCUCAUUCCUUAUGUACUACUGAAUUCAGAUUAAGUAGAGAAAGUUAUGAAUGGUUAUGUGAUGAGUUGAAAGUGUUUAGACCAGCACAAAGAGAAUAUGGAAGAUUGAAUUUAACUGGUACAGUAUUAAGUAAGAGAAAAAUUCUUAAAUUGGUUACAGAGAAAUAUGUUCGUGAUUGGGAUGAUCCAAGAUUAUAUACUUUAGAAGCUAUCAAGAGAAGAGGGAUCCCACCAGGAGCUAUUUUGAAUUUUAUCAAUACUUUAGGUGUUACUACUUCAACUACUAAUAUUCAAAUUGUUAGAUUUGAAAGUUCUAUUAGAUCAUACUUGGAUUUGACUACUCCAAGAUUAAUGAUGCUUCUUAAUCCUAUUGAAAUUGAAGUAGAUAAUGUGGAAGAAGAUUUUGCUUUAGAGGUAGAAAUUCCUUAUCAAAGAGGUCCAAUUACUUCACGUAAAUUGACAUUUAAAAAACAUAUUUAUAUCGAUGCUGAUGAUUAUCGUGAUGAAUUUAAUGAAGAUUACUUCCGUUUAGCUCCAGGUCAACCUGUUGGUUUAGUUAAAGUUCCUUUUAAUAUUAGUGUAAAGGAAGUCGUGCGUGACUCAAAUGGUCAUGUGACUAAACUUAUAGUUAAUUAUGAUAACGAUAAGAAAGUUAAACCUAAAACCUUCAUCCAUUGGUUACCUAAAGGGGAAGUUAAAUCCAUCAAAGAAGUAAGAAUUUACAAUCAAUUGUUCAAUAGUGAAAACCCCUCAGCUCAUCCAACAGGAUUCUUAGAUGAUAUUAAUCCAGAAUCAGAAAUUGUACUCAAGAAUGCUUUAAUUGAAAACAACUUCGAUGACAUCAAAGCUAAGUCUCCAUUGAACAUUAAGACCGGUGGUAAGUUUGAUAUUGAUGAAGCUGGUGGUAAAGAAACUGUUAGAUUUCAAGCUAUGAGAACUGGUUAUUUCUGUUUAGAUAAAGAUAGUGAAGAUGAGUUGAUUUUCAAUAGAAUUGUCACUUUAAAGGAGGAUUCUAAUAAAUAG